AUCCCAUGAGCCAUAGCUCCUCAUACAAACUGUUGAACACACGUACUGCACUAUAGAUGGAUCGAUAGAUAGAUAGAUAGAUACGUUGGUGAGAUGGAUUUGUUCAAUUUGCUCUUCGUCUUGCAGCUUCUCCUGUCAGCAGCGUGCGUGCUCGUUGUCUGCUACCGUUACCAUCGCCUGAAAUCCAUGAAAAAAUGUAGCUUAGGGGUUGUCCAGUGGCCUAUCGUCGGCGUGCUCCCGGCCAUCGUCGCCAACAUGCACCGGCUCCUCGACGGCGUGACCUUCCUGCUGGCCUCGUCGCAGCUCAACUUCCAGUGCCGCUUCUGGCUCGCCGGAUUCCGGUUCUUCGUCACCUGCGACCCGGACAACGUGCGCCACAUCUUCACGUCCAACUUCGACAACUACCCCAAGGGCGACGUGUUCGCGGAGAUGUUCGACGUCCUCGGCGGCGGCAUCUUCAACACCGACGGCGAGCGGUGGCGGCGGCAGCGGAACAAGGCCCAGAUGCUCAUGACCACGCCGCGGUUCCGCGCCUUCGUGGCGCGCUCCAGCCUCGACAAGGUGGAGAAGGGCCUCCUGCCGUUCCUCGCCCACGUCGCCGACGCCGGGAGGACGUGCGACCUGCAGGACGUGUUCACGCGGUGGUCGCUCGACGCGACGUGCCACCUGGUGUUCGGCGUCGACCCGGGAUGCCUGGACGUCGGCUUGCCGGAGGUCCCGUUCGCGCGGGCGAUGGACGACGCGUUGCGGACGAUCUUUCUCCGCCACACCAUGCCGGUGUCGUGCUGGAAGACGAUGAGAUGGCUAGGGAUAGGGCACGAGAAGAGGAACGCCGAGGCGCGGCGGACGAUCGAGAGCUUCGUCGCUUCGGCCAUCGAGAAACACCGAGCCGACGACGGCAGGUGCAGGCAAGGAGGCGACAAGCUGCCGGUCGCCGACUUGCUGUCGUCCUUCCUCUGCGACGACGAGAUCGCGGCGGGCAGCGCCGACUCCGACUCCGACGUGCACAUCAGGGACAUGGCGAUGAACCUCCUCGUCGCCGGCCGCGACACCACCAGCUCGGCGCUCUCGUGGUUCUUCUACCUCGUCUCCACGAACCCGCGCGUCGAGCAGAAGCUCCUGCAAGAACUGGCCCCCAUUGCUUCCCGCAAGCUGCAGCCGCAGCAGGGGCGGCUCUUCCCGGGCAGCAACGGCGGCAUGGUGACGUUCGACGCGAGCGAGGUGAGGAACCUCCUGUACCUCCACGCGGCCCUGUGCGAGGCCAUGAGGCUGUACCCGCCGGUGCCCCUGGAGCACAAGGCGGCGGUCGCCGCCGACGUGCUGCCGAGCGGGCACGAGGUGAUGGCCGGCGACAAGGUGCUGGUGUUCUACUACUCCAUGGGGAGGAUGAAGCGGGUGUGGGGCAAGGACUGCAGGGAGUUCAGGCCGGAGCGGUGGAUCACGGAGGACGGCAAGCUGCGGUACGUGCCGUCGAACAAGUUCGUCGCCUUCAACUCCGGCCCGAGGACGUGCCUCGGCAAGGAGAUGGCGCUGGUGCAGAUGAAGGUGACGGCGGCGGCCAUGGCGUGGAACUUCGCCGUGGAGGUGGUGCCGGGGCACGUCGUGGAGCCGAGGCUGUCCAUCAUCCUCCACAUGAAGAAUGGCCUCUUGGUCAGGGUCAAGAGAAGAGAGCCAGUGAUGAACAGCUAAAAAAGCACUAAGCUAGUAGCUAAAACUGCCUUAUUUAAGUGUGAUCACUAUACUUUUUUACAUGCUGUACAGGGUUUAAUUUAUGUUGGUGUCGUGGUGGUGCUUCAUAUAUAGAGCCCUAAAAAGAAUCUGCACAUUGAUUGCAUCAGAAUUGUAAUCCGAGUCACUCAAUGAUACUACGAAUUUAAUAA